UAGAAAUUGAAGCAAUUUCAUGUUAUCAAUGUUCAAUGAAAUAUUCAAAUGUUGAAUGUAAUUCAAAUAAUUCAAGCUAUUUUACUGAUUGUCAACCGACAUUUGAUACAUGUUUAACAAUUGUACUCAAACCAGAUAAUUUUGAUGAAAUAAUCAUUACAAAGUAUUGUACAAAACGUAAUGCAUGUGAACGUCAACAAAAUUAUACACAUUCUUUAACGCCUUGUCAACCAAAUAAUGAAGGUCGAAGUUGGGGUUGUGUUUCAUGUUGUGGUGAUCGAGAUUUAUGUAAUUAUGAUGAUUCAAAUCGAUUAAUACCAAAUAUAAAUAUAGCAAGAAUAUUCUUAUUUGGUUUUUUACAUUUUUUCUUUUGUUAUUAA